GUUUGUUUCCUGCUGUACUGAAUCUUGCUUCUAAUGCUAUCAUCACCACCAAUGCAACAUGUGGAGAAAAAGGACCCGAAAUGUACUGCAAGUUGGUAGAACACGUCCCUGGGCAGCCUGUAAGAAAUCCCCAAUGUCGAAUCUGCAAUCAAAAUAGCAGCAUUCCCUACCAGAGACACCCAAUUACAAAUGCUAUUGAUGGAAAGAACACUUGGUGGCAGAGUCCCAGUAUUAAAAAUGGAAUUGAAUACCAUUAUGUGACAAUUACACUGGAUUUACAGCAGGUGUUCCAGAUUGCGUAUGUGAUUGUGAAAGCAGCUAACUCCCCUCGGCCUGGGAACUGGAUCUUGGAACGCUCUCUUGAUAAUGUUGAAUACAAGCCAUGGCAGUAUCAUGCUGUGACUGACACAGAGUGCCUAACCCUCUACAAUAUUUAUCCCCGCACUGGACCCCCAUCUUAUGCCAAAGACGAUGAGGUCAUCUGCACUUCGUUUUAUUCCAAGAUACACCCCUUAGAAAAUGGAGAGAUUCACAUCUCUCUGAUCAAUGGAAGACCAAGUGCUGAUGACCCUUCCCCUGAACUCCUGGAAUUCACCUCGGCUCGCUACAUUCGCCUCAGAUUACAGAGGAUCCGCACCCUGAAUGCUGAUUUGAUGAUGUUUGCUCACAAAGAUCCCAGAGAAAUUGACCCUAUUGUCACAAGAAGAUAUUACUACUCCAUCAAGGAUAUUUCUGUUGGAGGGAUGUGCAUCUGCUAUGGUCAUGCCAGGGCUUGUCCACUUGAUCCAGCGACAAAUAAAUCCCGCUGUGAAUGUGAGCAUAAUACGUGUGGUGAUAGUUGUGAUCAGUGCUGUCCAGGAUUCCAUCAGAAACCUUGGAGAGCUGGGACUUUUCUAACUAAAACUGAAUGUGAAGCAUGCAAUUGCCAUGGGAAAGCUGAAGAAUGCUAUUAUGAUGAAAGUGUUGCCAGAAGAAAACUGAGUUUAAAUAUACAUGGAAAGUACAUUGGAGGGGGUGUGUGCAUUAAUUGUACCCAAAAUACUGCUGGUAUAAACUGUGAUACAUGCAUUGAUGGCUUCUUCAGACCCAAGGGGGUGUCCCCAAAUUAUCCAAGACCAUGUCAGCCAUGUCACUGUAAUCCAGUUGGUUCCUUAAAUGAGGUCUGUGUCAAGGAUGUGAAACAUAUUCGAAAAGGUCUGGCUCCUGGAUCCUGUCAUUGCAAAAGUGGCUUUGGAGGGGUGAGGUGUGAUCGGUGUGCCAGGGGUUAUAUUGGCUACCCCACUUGUCAACCCUGCAACUGCAGUGGCAUGGGGAGCAGAAAUGAGGACCCUUGUUUUGGGCCCUGUGACUGCAAGGAAAAUGUUGAAGGAAGAGACUGCAGUCAUUGCAAAUCUGGCUUCUUCAAUUUGCAAGAGGAUAACCCUGAAGGCUGUGAUGAGUGUUUCUGUUCAGGGGUGUCAAACAGGUGUCAGAGUUCUUAUUGGACCUACGGCAAAAUACAAGACAUGAGUGGCUGGUGUCUGACUGAUAUCUCCGGCCGCAUCCGAGUGUCUCCCCAGCAGAAUGACUUUGAUGCACCUCAACAGAUCAGCAUCAAUAACGCUGAGGCCCAACAAACUUUACCACAAAACUACUACUGGAGCGCCCCCGCUCCGUAUCUGGGAAACAAACUCACAACAGCUGGAGGACAAUUGACAUUUACCAUAUCAUAUGACCUGGAGGAAGAGGAAGAAGAUACAGAACGCGCACUCCAGCUUAUGAUUAUCUUAGAGGGAAAUGGCUUACGAAUCAACACAGCCCAAGAUGAGGUGUACCUGCUACCAUCUGAAGAACAUAUUAAUGUUCUGUCACUUAAGGAAGAAUUAUUUACCAUACAUGGCACAAAUGUUCCAGUCAAUAGAAAAGAAUUUAUGACAGUGCUUGCGAAUUUAAAGAGGCUCCUCAUACAAACCACGUACAGCCAUGGGAUGGAUGCCAUCUUCAGGUUAAAUGCUGUUACCCUUGAAUCCGCUGUUCCCUAUCCUACUGACGGAAGCAUUGCAGCAGCUGUAGAAGUUUGUCAGUGUCCACCAGGGUAUAGUGGCUCCUCUUGUGAAUCAUGUUGGCCUCAGCACAGACGAGUUAACGGCACAAUAUUUGGUGGCAUCUGUGAACCAUGUCAGUGCUUUGGUCACGCAGAGUCCUGUGACGACAUCACUGCAGAAUGCUUGAACUGUAAAGACCACACAGGUGGCCCAUAUUGCAAUAAAUGUCUUCCUGGUUUCUAUGGCGAUCCUACUAAAGGUACCUCUGAAGACUGUCAGCCCUGUGCCUGUCCUCUCAAUAUCCCAAUUAACAACUUUAGCCCGACGUGCCAUUUAGACCGGAGUCUUGGACUGAUCUGUGAUGAAUGUCCUGUCGGGUACAUAGGACCACGCUGUGAGAGGUGUGCAGAAGGCUAUUUUGGACAACCUUCUGUACCUGGAGGAUCAUGUCAGCCAUGCCAGUGCAAUGACAACCUUGACUUCUCCAUUCCUGGCAGCUGUGACAGCUUGUCUGGCUCCUGUCUGAUAUGUAAGCCAGGUAUAACAGGACGGUAUUGUGAGCUCUGUGCUGAUGGAUAUUUUGGAGACGCAGUUGAUGCAAAGAACUGUCAGCCUUGUCGCUGUAAUGUCAAUGGCUCGUUCUCUGAGGUGUGUCAUGCUCGGACAGGACAAUGUGAAUGCAGACCUAACGUGCAAGGACAGAAGUGCGAUGAGUGUAAGCCUGAAACUUUCGGCCUACAAUCAGCAAGGGGAUGUAUUCCCUGUAACUGCAAUUCCUUUGGGUCUAAAUCUUUCGACUGUGAAGAAAAUGGACAAUGCUGGUGUCAGCCAGGAGUAACCGGAAAGAAGUGUGACCAUUGUGCCCGUGGCUAUUUCAGAUUCCAAGAAGGAGGAUGCACAGCUUGUGAUUGUGCCCAUCUGGGUAACAAUUGUGACCCAAAGACUGGUCGAUGCAUUUGCCCUCCCAAUACCAUUGGAGAGAAAUGUUCUAAAUGUGCACCCUAUACCUGGGGCUACAGCAUUGUCAGUGGUUGUAAGGCUUGCAACUGCAGUUUGGUGGGAUCCCUCGAUUUCCAAUGCAAUAUAAACACAGGCCAAUGCAAAUGUCAUCCGAAAUUCUCUGGUACAAAAUGUGCAGAGUGCAAUCUAGGUCACUGGAAUUACCCUCACUGUGAUCUCUGUGACUGCUUCCUACCUGGGACUGAUGCCACAACCUGUGACAUGGAGACUAAGAAAUGCUUAUGUAGCGACCAGACUGGGCAGUGUACUUGCAAGAUGAACGUGGAAGGUGUCCACUGUGACAGGUGCCGGCCUGGCAAAUUUGGACUUGAUGCCAAGAACCCACUUGGCUGCAGCAGCUGCUAUUGCUUUGGUGCUACUUCCCAGUGCUCUGAAGCAAAAGGACUCAUCCGUACGUGGGUAACCCUGAGUCCUCAGCAGACUGUUCUGCCGCUAGUGGAUGAGGCACUGCAACACACUACUACCAAGGGCAUUGUUUAUCAACACCCAGAGAUUGUUGCACAGAUGAAUCUGGUGAGACAAGAUCUCCAUUUAGAACCAUUUUACUGGAAACUUCCAGAACAAUUUGAAGGAAAGAAGUUGAUGGCCUAUGGUGGCAAACUCAAGUAUGCAAUCUAUUUUGAGGCCCGGGAAGAAACAGGUUUCUCUACCUAUAAUCCUCAAGUUAUCAUUCGAGGUGGGACUCCUGCUCAUGCUAGAAUUAUCAUCAGGCACAUGGCUGCUCCUCUAAUUGGCCAAUUGACAAGGCAUGAAAUUGAAAUGACAGAGAAAGAAUGGAAAUAUUAUGGUGAUGAUCCUCAAAUCAGUAGGACUGUGACCCGUGAAGAUUUCUUAGACGUACUAUAUGAUAUUCAUUAUAUUCUUAUCAAAGCUACUUAUGGGAAUAUCAUGCGACAAAGCAGGUGUGAUUACACAGGUGCUACCUGUAUACCAGGGACAAUGCAGAAAUACAUGCAUUACACAUCACCAUUGGCACUUGAAUUUACAUGCUUGCCGGGAUUUUAUCGCCUACCUUCUGAACGAGGUGGCCGCACUCCCGGACCAACCCUGGGCACCUGUGUUCCAUGUCAGUGUAAUGGACACAGCAACCUUUGCGACCCUGACACAUCCAAAUGCCAGAAUUGUCAACAUCACACUGCUGGUGACUUCUGUGAGCGCUGUGCUGUAGGAUACUAUGGAAUUGUCAAGGGAUUGCCAAAUGACUGUCGGCAAUGUGCUUGCCCUCUGAUAUCUUCCAGCAACAAUUUCAGUCCUACUUGUGUCAUGGAAGGCCUUGAUGAUUACCGCUGCACUGCUUGUCCACGAGGACAUGAAGGCCAGUACUGUGAAAGGUGUGCCCCUGGCUAUACUGGUAGUCCAAGCAGCCCAGGAGGUUCCUGCCAAGAAUGUGAGUGUGACCCCUAUGGCUCACUUCCUGUCCCUUGUGACCCUGUCACAGGGCUCUGCACGUGCCGACCAGGAGCCACAGGGCAGAAGUGUGACGGCUGCAAGCACUGGCAUGCACGGGAGGGCAUGGAGUGUGUUUUUUGUGGAGAUGAAUGCACAGGACUUCUUCUCGGUGACUUGGCUCGCCUGGAGCAGAUGGCCAUGAACAUCAACCUCACUGGCCCACUGCCUGCUCCCUAUAAAAUGCUGUACAGUCUUGAAAAUACAACUCAAGAACUAAAGCACUUGCUCUCACCUCAGCGGGCCCCAGAGAGACUCAUUCAGUUGGCAGAGGGCAAUCUGAAUACACUCGUGACAGAAAUGAAUGAGCUUCUGACCAGGGCUACCAAAGUGACAGCAGAUGGCGAGCAAACUGGACAGGAUGCUGAGAGGACCGACACAAGAGCAAAGUCUUUAGGAAAAUUCGUUAAGGAGCUCAUCCAGGAUGCAGAAGCUGUAAAUGAAAAAGCUGUAAAACUAAAUGAAACUCUAGGAGUUCAAGACAAGGCCUUUGAGAGAAAUUUGCAAGGACUUCAGAAAGAGAUUGAUCAGAUGAUGACAGAAUUGAGGAGGAAAAAUCUAGAUACACAAAAGGAAGUGGCUGAAGAUGAGUUGGUAGCUGCAGAAGCCCUUCUGAAGAAAGUGAAGAAGCUGUUUGGAGAGUCUCGGGGGAAAAAUGAAGAAAUGGAGAAGGAUCUCCGAGAGAAACUGGCUGACUACAACAACAAAAAGAAGGAGACUCUUGAAAGUGCCAAACAACAAACUGAGAAUACUUUGAAAGAAGGCAAUGACAUACUUUAUGAAGCCAACCACCUUACAGAUGGAAUCAACGCAGUGAUAGAUUAUGUUGAAGAUAUUCAAACUAAACUGCCACCAAUGUCUGAGGAGCUUAAGGAUAAAAUAGAUGACCUCUCCCAAGAAAUCAAGGACAGGAAGCUUGCUGAGAAGGUGUCGCAGGCUGAGGGCCAUGCUGCUCAGUUGAAUGACUCCUCUGCUGUCCUUGAUGGAAUCCUUGAUGAGGCUAAAAACAUUUCCUUCAAUGCCACUGCAGCCUUCAAAGCUUACAGUAAUAUUAAGAACUACAUUGAUGAAGCAGAGAAAGUUGCCAAAGAAGCCAAAGAUCUUGCACAUGAAGCUACAAAACUGGCAACAGGUCCUCAGGGUUUAUUAAAAGAAGAUGCCAAAGGCUCUCUUCAGAAAAGCUUCAGGAUUCUUAAUGAAGCCAAGAAGUUAGCAAAUAAUGUAAAAGAAAAUGAUGAUCAUCUGAAUAGCUUGACAAACAGGAUAGAAAAUGCUGAUGUCAGAAAUGGAGAUCUCCUAAAAGCUUUGAAUGACACUUUAGGAAAGUUAUCAGCUAUUCCAAAUGAUACAGCCGGGAAACUGCAAGCUGUGAAGGACAAAGCAAGACAAGCCAACGACACAGCAAAAGAUGUACUGGCACAGAUUAAAGACCUCCAGCAGAACCUUGAUGGCCUGAAGGAAAAUUACAAUAAACUAGCGGACAGCGUAGCCAAAACAAAUGCUGUGGUAAAAGAUCCUCUCAAGAACAAAAUCAUUGCAGAUGCAGAUACAACUGUGAAAAGUCUUGAACAAGAAGCUGAUCGACUAAUAGACAAAAUCAAACCCAUCAAGGAACUUGAGGAUAACCUGAAGAAAAACAUUUCUGAGAUAAAGGAGCUGAUAAACCAAGCAAGGAAACAAGCCAAUUCUAUCAAAGUGUCUGUAUCUUCGGGAGGUGACUGCAUUCGAACGUACAAGCCGGAAAUCAAGAAAGGAAGCUACAAUAAUAUCAUUAUCAAUGUCAAGACAGAGGUGGCUGACAAUCUUCUUUUUUAUCUUGGAAGUGCCAAAUUUAUUGACUUUCUGGCUAUAGAAAUGCGUAAAGGCAAAGUAAGUUUCCUCUGGGAUGUUGGAUCUGGAGUUGGACGUGUAGAAUAUCCAGAUUUGACCAUUGAUGACUCAUAUUGGUACCGUAUUGAAGCAUCAAGAACUGGGAGAAAUGGAACAAUUUCUGUGAGAGCGCUGGAUGGACCCAAAGCCAGCAUUGUGCCCAGUACCUACAAUGCAGUCUCUCCCCCCGGGUAUACUAUUUUAGAUGUGGAUGCAAACGCAAUGCUGUUCGUUGGUGGCUUGACUGAGAAAUUAAAGAAAGCUGAUGCUGUACGUGUGACCACAUUCACUGGCUGCAUGGGAGAGACCUACUUUGACAGUAAGCCUAUCGGCUUGUGGAAUUUUCGAGAGAAAGAAGGUGACUGCAAAGGAUGUACAGUCAGUCCUCAGGUGGAAGAUCGCGAGGGGACUAUUCAGUUUGAUGGAGAAGGUUAUGCCUUGGUCAGCCGCCCAAUUCGCUGGUUCCCCAACAUCUCCACUGUCAUGUUCAAGUUCAGGACAUUUUCUUCAAAUGCUCUCCUGAUGUACCUUGCCACACGAGACUUGAAAGAUUUCAUGAGUGUAGAGCUCACCGAUGGGCACAUAAAAGUCAGCUAUGAUCUGGGUUCAGGAAUGGCUUCCGUUGUCAGCAAUCAAAACCAUAAUGAUGGGAAAUGGAAAUCAUUCACCCUGUCAAGAAUUCAAAAACAAGCCAACAUAUCAAUUGUAGAUAUAGAUACUAACCAGGAGGAGAUCAUAGCAACCUCAUCAACUGGAAACAACUUUGGUCUUGACUUGAAAGCAGAUGACAAAAUAUAUUUUGGCGGCCUGCCAACACUGAGGAACUUAAGUAUGAAAGCAAGGCCAGAAGUAAAUUUGAAGAAAUAUUCUGGUUGCCUCAGAGAUAUUGAAAUUUCAAGAACCCCAUAUAAUAUACUUAGUAGCCCUGAUUAUGUUGGCGUUACCAAAGGAUGUUCAUUGGAGAAUGUUUACGUAGUAAACUUCCCUAAGCCUGGUUUUGUGGAGUUGGCCCCUGUGCCAAUUGAUGUAGGAACAGAAAUCAACCUGUCCUUCAGCACCAAGAAUGAGUCUGGGAUCAUUCUUUUGGGAAGUGGAGGGACACCAGCACUACCUAGGAGGAAACGAAGGCAGACUGGACAGGCCUAUUAUGCGAUAUUCCUGAACAAAGGCCGUCUGGAAGUGCAUCUCUCCACAGGGGCACGAACAAUGAGGAAAAUUGUCGUCAAACCAGAGCCGAGUCUGUUUCACGACGGGAGAGAACAUUCUGUGCAUGUAGAGAGAACUAAAGGCAUCUUUACUGUUCAAGUUGAUGAAGACAGAAGACAUAUGCAAAACCUGACUGUGGAACAGGCUAUUGAAGUUAAAAAGCUUUUCGUUGGGGGUGCUCCACUAGAAUUUCAGCCUUCCCCACUCAGAAAUAUUCCUCCUUUCGAAGGCUGUAUAUGGAACCUAGUUAUUAACUCUGUCCCCAUGGACUUCGCACAGCCUAUAUCCUUCAAAAAUGCAGACAUUGGUCGCUGUGCAGAUCAAAAGCCUCGAGAAGAUGAAGAUGGAGCAGUUCCUGCUGAAAUAGUUAUCCACCCGGAGCCUGUUCCCACACCAACCUUGCCCACACCCACUCCAUUUCUGGUACAUGGUCCUUGUGCUGCAGAAACAGAACCAGCCCUUUUGCUGCAGAGUAAACAGUUUGGGCUUUCAAAAAACAGUCACAUUGCAAUUGCAUUUGAUGACACCAAAGUUAAGAACCGCCUCACAAUCGAGCUUGAAGUGCGAACUGAAGCAGAAUCAGGACUGCUUUUUUACAUGGCUCGGAUCAAUCAUGCUGAUUUUGCUACAGUUCAGCUGAGAAAUGGAUUUCCCUACUUCAGUUAUGACUUGGGGAGUGGUGACACCAAAACCAUGAUCCCCACAAAAAUCAACGAUGGCCAGUGGCACAAGAUUAAGAUUAUGCGAAUUAAACAAGAAGGAAUUCUGUAUGUAGAUGAUGCCUCCAACAGAACCAUCAGUCCCAAGAAAGCUGAUAUCCUGGAUGUUGUGGGAAUGCUCUAUGUUGGAGGUCUACCCAUCAACUACACUACCAGGAGAAUUGGUCCUGUGACCUAUAGCAUUGAUGGAUGCAUCAGGAAUCUUCAAAUGGCAGAGGCCCCUGCUGACCUUGAAAAGCCAACCUCCAGCUUCCAUGUUGGAACAUGUUUUGCAAAUGCUCAAAGGGGAACAUAUUUUGAUGGAACAGGUUUUGCCAUAGCAGUUGGUGGAUUCAAGGUGGGAUUGGACCUUCUUGUAGAAUUUGAAUUCCGCACAACUAGGACCACUGGAGUUCUUCUGGGAAUUAGCAGCCAAAAAAUGGAUGGAAUGGGUAUCGAAAUGAUUGAUGAAAAGCUCAUGUUUCAUGUGGACAAUGGAGCUGGCCGAUUCACUGCGGUCUAUGAUGCUGGGAUCCCAGGGCGUUUGUGUGAUGGACAGUGGCACAAGGUCACUGCCAACAAGAUCCAACACCGCAUUGAGCUGGCCGUCGAUGGGAACCAGGUAGAAGCCCAAAGCCCAAACCUAGCGUCUACAUCAGCUGAUACAAAUGACCCUGUGUUUGUUGGAGGUUUCCCAGAUGGCAUCAAUCAGUUUGGCCUGACAACCAAUAUUCGGUUCCGGGGUUGCAUCCGAUCCCUGAGGCUCACCAAAGGAUCUGGCAAGCCACUGGAGGUUAAUUUUGCCAAGGCCUUGGAGCUGAGGGGUGUUCAACCUGUUUCAUGCCCAGCCAAUUAAUAAUAAUGUUUAACCCCAAGAAAAGUGCCUCAAAACAAGUAUAUCAAGUAAAACAAGUAUAUCUUACCUACAUAUGUUAAUAAAACUAAUUGGUGCAU